GUCAUAUGACAUCCUUCCAUUCUCACCGCGCAUGCGCGGCUCAGGGAGCGCGCGGCGAUCGACUGUGUGCUGUGUCCCUCGGGCACAGCGGAUCACGGAAAGAACCGAAGAUGUCGGCUCGGUCAUGUGAUCAGCUGUGUCCAAUCACAGCUGAUCACAUCUGUCACGCUGACAGGGCACUGAUGAUCAGUGUGGCCCCAGAAGUGCCAGCAGUCAGUGCCCAUCAGUGCCACAUAUCAGUGCAUACCAGUGCACAUCAAUGCCACAUAUCAGUGCCCAUCUGAGCUGCCUUUCAAUGUCACCCAUCAGUUCCAGUCAGUGCCACCUAUCAAUACCAAUCAGUGCUGCCUAUCAGUGCCAUAUAUCAGUGUCAUGUAUCAGUGCUGCCUUUCAGUGCCCAUCAGUGAUGCCUCUCAAUGCCCAUCAGUGCCACCUACCAGUGCCUCCUCAUCAGUGCCACCUAUCAGUGCCCAUCACUGCAGCCCCAUUAGCGCACAUCAGUG